UUUCACGGAGUAUCCUGGACAAGAAGAGUGGAAGGGACCGGCAUCUGGUUUACACCGCCCAACAUUCAUGUAGUCGUUAUGUUCGGAUGUUUUUAUUAGAGCUACAACGGGCAAGUUGGCUGUACUCCGAGGAGAGGGGGACCGGCAGCAGGUGCAUGUGGAUGGCGAUGAAACUCAGAGCUCUUUCCACACGGCUCGGAACAUCGGCGAAGAGAUAAAAUACUUGAUGAGUGGGACUUAAACGACUUCUUGGUUUGUGGAGAAGCGUAAAAAUGUUUUGCCCGAGUUUCCCUCGUCGAGAAUAGCAUGCUAAUCCCAGGAAAAAAGCAGCAUCUUGUCCCGUCUCUCCGCACGCAAACAUGGAGAAAGUUAAUAGCGAACGUUAACGCUAGCUUACCUCAACUUAAACUGUGACUUUGACGUUCAUGUUUGUUGUAAUGUAACGUAUUCUGGCAUUGUUUUUACCUCUGGAGAAACAUAAACCGGUGGACACAUGGUGAGACUCUAGCACAGAUUCUCAGAAUAUCACUGGAACAGAAAAGAGGCAAUGGAGAAGAAUAACAAGGCGACCAACCGGACCCACAACCCACCCGAGGGUAGAGCCAAAGACCGAGUGGACAGAGUGGAUCCAUAUGGCUUUGAGCGCUCGGAGGACUUUGAUUAUGAGUCAUAUGAGGAGCUCAUGUCUGAGUAUCUAGUUGUGCUCACCCGCCGAUCCAUCAAGUGGUCCAAACUACUGAAGGGAAAAGGCAAGGUGCAGAAGAAUGUAAAAUUAAAGCGUUAUGUACGCAAGGGAAUUCCCAAUGAGCACAGGGCUCUGAUCUGGAUGACAGCCAGUGGGGCUCAAGACCAGCUAGAGAAGAACCCAGGAUACUACCAGUCCCUGCUCGGAGCCCAGCACGACCCCAAACUGGUUGAGACCAUCUGCACAGACUUGAACAGAACAUUUCCAGACAACGUCCACUUCCGCAAGACAUCCAACCCAUGUCUGCAGAAAACUUUGUACAAUGUGCUGCUGGCUUAUGGUCACCACAACCCAACUGUGGGCUACUGUCAGGGGAUGAACUUCAUAGCAGGGUAUCUGCUUAUUGUCACAAAAGAUGAAGAGAAAUCCUUCUGGCUGAUGGAUGCGCUACUUGGUAGAAUUUUACCAGACUACUACAGUCCAGCCAUGCUGGGGCUGAAGACAGACCAGGAGGUUUUAGGGGAACUGGUUAAAGUCAAAAUCUCCAGAGUCUGGCAGACCAUGAUGGAUCACAAUGUCAUGUGGACUCUGGUGGUCUCCCGAUGGUUCAUCUGUCUCUACAUAGACGUCUUACCAGUAGAGACUGUUCUGCGGAUUUGGGAUUGCCUGUUCUACGAGGGCUCUAAAAUCCUGUUCCGCGUAGCUCUGACACUGAUACACCACAACGAGGCUCUGAUUCAACAGGCCAAGUCACUACCGGACGUCUGCCAAAACUUCAAGCAGAUCACACAGGGACCAUUUGUUGACGAAUGUCACACUUUUAUGCAGAAAAUCUUCACUGAACCAGGAAGUCUCUCCACGGCAACCUUGACUAAGCUGCGAGAGAUGUGUCGAUCUCGUGUCAUUGCAGAAGAAUCCUGAACCUAACUCCUGUCACUUAAACUCAAUGCACAUUCCACUGGGAUGAGCACCCACCAGCUCAAUUGCACCUUCUUUUAUAACUGACUUAAUGUCACAGUGACUACUACGUACUGUACAGUACAUACACCUUGAGACGAUCGUACUGCCCAAGUGUAAAUACAUGUUUAAAUGAAAAUAUUCUUAGCAAUGUGCAGUAUGAGCUGACAAUUCCAUUUGAAAUUAACGUGUAGUUUGUCUUGUAAAAUGUGGGAUUAUGCACUUUACUCCAGAAAGUCAGAGACACUGUAGAGAAAAAGGCUUAGCCAGGUCAGACGAGUUAUGUGUUGCAUACUGUAAGCACAGCCAAGAGGAACCUGCCUACUGUAUUUCACAUUGAAUUGUAAAUGACUGACAAAACUCCCUGCUGGCACUACCUGCGCUGGUAAUUGAAUGUGAAUCAUGCUGAUUUUUUUCAAACAUUUCAAAAUCAUAUUCAUGUGCUAUUUGGUUGUUUUCAGGGUUUGUACAAAUGUUGUAGUUCCUGACCUCAAUCAUUAAUUCAAGUGCACUAUGAUGAAAUGAUGUAAGCACAACAUAAAGGGCUGCUGUCAUU